AUGGUUUUCUGGGGAAUUGAAGUGAAACCCGGAAAUCCUUACACUCAUAAGUUUAUGCAAGGUGGAGGACGCCUGCGUAUUUCUCAGGCAACUUUGGCCAUUGGAACUGCAACACUAAGGAGUUCGGUGCAAUGCAAUGUUGGAGACAAGCGUCCUGUUCUUUUGUGUGCACUACUGCCUCAUAAGAAUGAGUCAUUGCAGUUAGAUUUGGAAUUUGAUGAGGCUGAAGAUAUAGUAUUUUCUGUCAUUGGUCCACGUGCCGUUUACCUAACUGGGUACUAUGUUGGUCACAAUCGUCAAUCAAAUAUGCAAGAUGAAUCAGAAUCAUAUGGGGAGGAUAUUGCAAAUUCUGAUACACAAGAAUCAAAUUAUGGUAGUGAUGAGGACGAAUACGAGGAUAGCUUUAUCAAUGAUGAUGACCCUGAAUCUCUUACACCUUCUCCCGUAUCAAGUGAUGAUGACGUGGAAGAUGUACCAAAUAAGAAACAAAAUUUGAAUGGUGGUCAUAAAAGACUCAAAAAGAGGUGUCAGUUAAUUGAGUCUGAUGAUGAACUGAUUGUCCAGGACACCGAUGAAGAUGAUGAUCUUCCAAUUUCUUCAAUUUGUAAGAAUGAUAAAUCACCUGCACCAGGUGAAAGAACUAACAAACAUACAACAGAAGAUGUAGAAAACGUGACAAAAGGUGAAGAUGAUAAGCACAAGUUGGAAACUGUCAGUUCCCCUGUUCUUGGUUCAAAAGAUACUGUUGAUGUGGAUUUGAUGGAUGUCAAAGAAGAAGGGAACGGGGGUCAUUCGAAUGCGGCUGAAGCAAUUCCGGAAAAGAAAUCAAAAGCAAAAAAGAAAAGACAAGAUUCUUCUAAAGAGGAAAAGGCUACUGAUGUGUUGGCUGAUAAGGAUGAUCAGAAGCCUAACGAUACCAAGAUUGUUGAUCACCCACUUGAGGUGUUGGAUUCUGCUGAAGUUGUACCUGACAAGAAUUUGAAACCAAAGAAGAAAAGAAAAGGACGUAGUGAAGUAAGUACAGAUGCUACUGACGACAUUCUGCUCGCAGAAAACAAACAGGAGGAUGAUCAGCAGGCAACCCAUGAGAGUUCUUGUGCCAAUUCCAAUCAGUUAGUAAAUGAAAAUGGGCCAGAGGAGAAAAAGGUUAAAAAGAAAAGGAGAAAAUCGAGUAAAACAAAUGAGGUUGAGCAAAAUAUUGAUGCUGAAAAAGAAACUAAAUCAUCUACAGCGGCACCUGAAUCAUGUAACAAAAAGGAACUGUCUAAUGGACUUGUUAUUGAAUACCUUCUGACAGGUGGCAAAUCUGAAGGAAAAGUGGCUGCUGUGGGAAGAAAGGUCAAGGUAAACUACGUCGUCAAGUUAAAAGAGAAUGAGAUGGUCGUUGAUUCGAAUGGAAAGUCUCCCUAUAAAUUUCGACUAGGUGACAAAGAAGUUAUAGAGGGGCUGAACGUUGGUCUAGAUGGUAUGCGAGUUGGUGAUAAAAGAAGACUUACUAUUCCACCGUCAAUGAGUUUGGGGUUCAAAGGAACUGGUGAGAACAUACCCCCAAGUUCAUGGCUAGUAUAUGAAGUAGAAAUGACCAGCAUCCAUUAGCACGUUCAAAUUUAUGCUCCCAUUCUUAUUGAAACUUUCCUUUUCUGCAUUAAAUUUAAAUAACACUGAUCUGGGCUCAGAAAGUUUUGGUGGUUGUGUUAUUUUGGGUCAAGUUUUACUGUCAUGUUUGCGAGUAUGUGCUGAGAAGCAUCCUGCUUAAUGGCGGAUUAAUUAGUGGAGUAUAUGAUUUUGGGUAUGUUGCGCAUGUUAAUUUCUUUGUUUGUACAUCAACGUGGAUUAGUAAU